AUGAGAAACCACACGUUAACAACAUUCAUCCUCCUGGGACUAACUGACGACCCACAACUGAAAACUCUGAUCUUCAUCUUUCUGUUUCUCACCUACGUGCUGAGUAUAACUGGGAACCUCACAAUCAUCUCUCUCAUCUUUAUGGAUUCACACCUAAAAACUGCCAUGUACUUUUUCCUACAAAAUUUCUCCUUCUUAGAAAUCUCAUUUACAACCGCUUGCAUCCCCAGAUACUUAUACAACAUCUCAACAGGUGACAAGACAAUCACAUAUAACAACUGUGCCACUCAAAUAUUUUUUACUGAUCUUUUUGGUGUGACAGAGUUUUUUCUCCUGGCCAUCAUGUCCUAUGACAGAUAUGUAGCCAUCUGCAAACCCUUGCAUUAUGUCACCAUCAUGAACAGCAAGAUCUGUCAAAGGCUUAUCUUCUGUUGCUGGGCAGCUGGCUUGUUGGUAGUCCUGCCACCACUUACCCUGGGCCUCAAUCUGGAAUUCUGUGACUCUAAUGUUAUUGACCACUUUGUCUGUGAUGCAUCCCCCCUCCUGAAGAUCUCAUGCACAGAUACAUGGCUCAUAGAGCAGAUGGUGAUAGUUUGUGCGGUGCUGACAUUUAUCAUGACCCUUGUGUGUGUAGUUCUUUCCUAUGUCUACAUAAUCAAGACCAUUGUAAGAUUCCCUUCUGCCCAGCAAAGGAAAAAGGCCUUCUCUACCUGUUCUUCCCACAUGAUUGUGGUUUCCAUCACUUAUGGCAGCUGCAUCUUCAUCUAUGUCAAACCAUCAGCAAAGGAUUCAGUGGCUAUCAACAAGGGUGUGACAGUUCUCACAACUUCCAUUGCUCCCAUGCUGAACCCCUUCAUAUACACCUUGAGAAACAAACAAGUCAAACAGGCCUUCAAUGACUCAGUUAAAAGAAUCACACUGUUCUUCAAGAAGUAG